AUGUACAGCACGUUCAGUUCCAACACACCAAGCUUUCUGAAUGGAAGCGGAGAUGGGCAGUCUAUCAACAACGUGCGCAUGUCGGAUGGAUUGAUCAGUGUAGCAUCACCUCCUCAAAGUCGCAGUUCCUCGGCGCAGGACUCGUAUUCAACAUCGGCCACCACAUAUGACGAUCCUGCGGAUGGGCCAGGCCAAAAAUCGGGUGUUUCUGCCGAUAAGCGAGCGUCAAAACAAGAUGGCAAGGGAAAUGUCGUCGUGAGCGUACGAGUUCGGCCAGAUGCAAAUGGGAAUAACGGAAGUCCUGAUGGAGAAUGGAUGGUUGAUGGGCGCAAGUCGCUCAUCUCAUUUAGAGGGAAGGAUGGCGGAGAUCAUUAUUAUGACAACGUUUUUACGACACAUGACCACAACUCCAGAGUAUAUGACCAUAUUGCGAAACGUCUUGUUCGACGAGUUAUGGAGGGCUACCAUGGCACUGUCUUUGCGUACGGUAUGACCGGUACCGGAAAGACAUUUUCCAUGCAGGGAACAGCCUCAUCGCCAGGUGUAAUUCCCCUUGCCAUUACCGACAUCUUUUCCUAUAUUCGAGAAACGCCGUCGCGAGAGUUUCUGCUGCGAGUCAGCUAUUUGGAAAUUUACAACGAAAAGAUCCACGACUUAUUGAGUAUGUCAACGUCCGGCGGUGCCCCGCAACAGGAAGAGAUCAAGCUUCGAGAGGAUAGCAAGCGAGGUGUUUAUGCUACUCCAUUGAAGGAGGAAAUUGUGCAGAGCCCGACGCAGCUAUUACGCGUCAUUGCGCGUGGCGACCAGGCUCGAAGAACCGCUAGUACCCAGUUCAACGCACGCAGCUCUCGAAGUCACGCUGUCGUUCAGAUUGUAGUGGAAUCUCGAGAAAGAAUGCCAGGCGGUGCAGCUGCGGCCGAGGGUAAGCGAUCUGGUCUCUUGCCUGGUGGUGUCCGGGUAUCAACCUUGAGCUUGAUCGAUUUGGCUGGUUCUGAAAAGGCAGCCGAGUCGAAGGAGCGCAGACAAGAAGGAGCCCACAUCAACAAGAGUUUGCUCACUCUUGGAACCGUCAUCUCAAAACUUUCAGAGUGGAAAGAAAAGGAAGCCAAGGGCGGAGACAAAGAAGGAAAGCAUCUUCCUUACCGUGAUAGCAAACUUACUCGAUUGCUGCAGGGCGCAUUGUCCGGAAAUUCUUUAGUCAGUAUUCUCUGCACGAUUCAGAUCGGUGCUGGAAACAGCGCGGUUCUAGCCAACAACCAUACUUUGGAAACGAUCAAUACGCUCAAGUUCGCUUCGCGAGCCAAGAACAGCAUCAUCAGCCAUGCAAAGAAGGCCGAGGAGGCUCUUGGUGCCGGUGGUGAAGGCGGGGCCAGAGUGUUGCUUGAACGCUACCGUAUGGAAAUCACAGAACUACGCCAGCAGUUAGAGGCUCAGGCAAAGAAGAAAAAGAGCGAUGUGGAAGAAGAGCCAGUUCUCGACGAGGAGGAAGAAAAGGCAAGGGAAGCACAGGCGGCAGAGCGACACGAGGAGCAAAUCCUUGAAAUGCAACUCGCCCGAACGGCGCUCAAGGAACGAAUCGAUCAUCUGAACCGCCUAAUUCUUAGUUCCAAGUCAAUUGGUGUCAACACGAACGGAACAAUGAGCGCGCUCGGUCAAUAUUCACGAUUCUCCCAGUUCUCCCAGUUCUCGCAAAUUUCGUUGCCUGCAUCCAUCCGCUCAUCGGUUGCUACAUCUUCGGGCGGUAGACCACUCGUCGAGCGUACAGCGUCAAUGACAUCGGCAUCGUCGACAAUCGGCCGACGUUCCAGCGGUGGUCAGAAAAACUCUGGAGAUAAUACGCCAACUGAGGUCGAGGAUGACAGCGCAGGAGAAUUUGGUGAUGGCACCGCAUCUCUGACAGCACAGAACCGUGCUCUGCAAGCUGAUCUUGUAGACAAGAACCGUUAUAUUGCGACAUUAGAGAAGCGUCUUCUCCAAGCAAGGCGUGCCAGCUCUAGCCGGGCCUCGGUAGGGUUCGCUGCUCCUAACAAAGCAAUCAUGGUCGGAGAGGACCAUAGCGUAUCCGCCGCACUCAAGGAGAAAGACACCGAGAUUGCGGAUCUUCGAGCGAGACUGGACGACAAGGACAGGAUGUUGGCGGCUUUGAGGAGCGCUGCACGAUCACGAGAUACGGCUGAAGCAACCGUCGAACCUCGCUCUCCCUUGUCACCAAAGCCAGCUGUGCAGGAAUCAUCUAGCGAAAAGCCCGGCAGUGCCAAAACUGCAGUGACCGAGAAGAAGCGAACGCGAGGUGUUGAUGAGAUGAACAAUCUUCUGGACGAGAUGCUCCAAGAUCGAGUUGAGAAAGGGCAAGUUGUCAGGGGUAAGCGAGGAAGUGUACGCUUGGCAGUAGGACAAAAUAUGGACUCGUUAGCAGAGCCAAACCUUGAGCCAUUACGCCGAACUCCUACGCCCAACCCACCCGAGGAUCGCAACGACGUGUCAGUAGAGGCAUAG